GAGCGAGCCGAGGCGCUUCCGGGUUUGGCAUGGUGACUGUGAUUGCCAGAAGAACUGAGCCUCUAAAAGCAAUGAGAUGGAGCUCCUUGACCUGGCACCAUGGUUAGCCGAGGCAAACCUUUCUCCUGAAGUCUGUGGUAAGGCAUUUUCUCUGAGUGCGGACCCCGAGGCUUGUAUCACUUGGGCCCAGCCAUUGAAAAGGUGGUCUAUCACUCCCCCUUCCCUUUCUGUGCAUGUAGCUGCCUUCUGCUUUAACUGGAGUUUGUCUCAUAGUUGUGACUAGCGAAUUUACCUGGUGCUGCAUAGGUAUGCAUUCCCUGAAUACAGGAUUCUGCAAAGAACUCAAUUAUUAUCUGGGUUUCCCAUUAGCCCUGGCCUGCCUAGCCAGUGAUAGGCAAUGAUGGGAGAUGUAGUCCAGCAACAUUGCCAGGUGAAGAGGGCACUUGCUGUGCCAUAUAUUCCAUGCAAAUGCUGCUUAGAGAACCGAAAAGAGAAAGAGCUCCAGAGUAGGUUUUAACAGAUAGCUGGCAGAAGAAGCAAGUUUUCUUUGGCUCCAAAUGUUGGCUCCCCACUUGCUGUGUGCGCUCUGCCUUGGUUGUUUACAAAUGCCUGUUGCAUUUGGGUUGGUGUGCUGUUUCUUGAAGUGUGGUUGAUGUGUCUGAGACCUGCUAUAUUUCAGGGUUGUUUUGAACAGAGCAACCUGUAGCCCCCAGAACAGGGCUGGGAGGUAUUUGCAAAGAUAAAUGCUGUAUUUUCUUGCAUAAAGCUGCACCCCUAUUUUCAGGUAAUCAAAAUGGUGUUUUAGUAUUCCUGCCAGGGCCACUGCCCCCAACUACAGGCAGAGUAUACUCCAGGCAUGGGCAAACAUCGUCCCUCCAGGAGUUUGGACUUCGACUCCCACAAUUCCUGGCCUCAGGCCCCUUCUUUUCCCCCUUAAGCAGCAGGGUGAGUUGUUGCUCCUUCUCCAGAUGUUCUCUCAAGACCUGGCUGAAGGAGUUGCUGUUCAUUGCUAGGCCCUGGUUCUACUGCUGAGCCUUCUACUAUCGGUUCCUCCUCCAAACUCUCCCUGACCAUUCCUUGCCUAGUGUCCCCCUUAUCUCACCUGAUCACCCUUGACCCCUUGAAGCUACAGGGCCUUACUUGGCUUCCAGUCAAGUGAAGUCAUAUAGACGGAUUACUUUUUCACCACGUAAUAUUCGCACUCCUUUUUUUGGACCUGGGACUGUCUCCAUAGGAAACGGAUGUUCCUGCAGAAGGGAAGGCCAGAACGUGUUGCAACAGCCUCUCGUGUUCCUAGUCAUCUCGCCUUGGGCUGUGAUUACGGAGCACAGGUGUUAACGUUAGGCGGAGCCGGAUUCGGCACCUGGAAAGCCACAAUGUUCUCGCUCCCCUCCCUCUGAAAAACCACAGGCCUCUGGACCCUGAGGUGCAUGAGUAACAUUUUCUGACAUUUCCAAAGCCAGGAAAGAACUGCAGAGGCGUUCCGUUGGAUAACAUUUUACUCCCACCUAAAAUCUAACCCCAAAGUGAUAAAGCUUGCAAAAGAUGUUAGUUUUUAUCCCGAGAGGAUAAACUGUGCAACGUACCCAAUGUGUGCAAAUUUACUCCAUGUACCGCAGGUGCAGGAUUUCAUAUUUUCCCCUUCCAUGUUUUUUCUCUCCCUAAAGCAGCCUUGGGCAAACUUGGACUUUCCUUCCAGGUGUUUUGUACUCCAACUCCCACCAUUCCUAACAGCCUCAGGCCCCUUCCUUUUCCCCCUCAGCCGCUUCAAAGCCUGGUUUUGAUGCAUGUCUUUGCAUUAGGAUAUUGGUUGUCGAAGGCGUUCAUGGCCAGAACCACUGGGUUGCUGUGUGUUUUCCGGGCUGUAUGGCCAUGUUCUGGGCUCUCUGGUGGAUCCAUUUGAGAGGUGGCGCAAGGCAGCAUUGUCCAAGUGCUCAGUGAGAGUUGGUGGCAAGUUGUCUUACCCAAGUCGCUUCCUUGGACUCUUGUCCAAGGCAAAAACAGAAACGGGAAAUGCUGCUAAGCUGGAAAACAACACGCAGAAACAGUGCAAGGGUUGGAAGUUUGCAAAUGCCGGGUGUGACGUUCUCCUGCUUUGCUUCCUUCUCACACAUCCAGGAGGAGCAGCCACAAAGCCCGGCUCAUGGGUCUCCCCUCCGCGGCCGUUCUUCCGCUGCUGUUUGGCAGCCUGGGCCUCUAUGGCGUCUUCUGGCUGCUGCGGCGAAUGCGGGCGAAGGCCUACCUCAAGGACGCGGUGGUGGUGAUCACGGGAGCAACGUCCGGACUCGGGAAAGAGUGUGCCAAAACUUUCCAUGCCGCUGGCUCGAAACUGGUACUGUGUGGCCGGAAUGGGGAGAGGCUUCGGGACCUUCUCCGGGAACUCUCUGCCACCGCCGACCCCACAAAGAACCCUCAUCAGCAUCACACGGUGGUCUUUGACCUCUCGGACAUCAAGGCGGUAGUGAGUGCCGCGGAGGAGAUCCUGAAGUGUGUGGAUCACGUGGACAUCUUGAUCAACAACGCUGGGAUCAGUUACCGAGGCUCCAUCGCGGAGACGGUGAUAGAGGUCGACAGGAAAGUGAUGGAGACCAACUACUUUGGCCCCAUUGCCUUGACCAAAGCUCUUCUGCCUUCCAUGAUCAGGAGGAGGAAAGGCCACGUUGUCGCCAUCAGCAGCGUUCAAGGGAAAUUCGGGCUUCCAUUCCGGUCCGCAUAUGCAGCCUCCAAGCAUGCCUUCCAGGCCUUUUUCGACUGCUUAAGAGCAGAAGUGGAGCAGUACGGUGUGGUGGUGACCGUGGUGAGCCCCGGCUACAUCCAGACCAACCUGUCGCUGAAUGCCAUCACCGCAGAUGGAUCUCAGUAUGGAGUGAUGGACAAGGCCACGGCCAGAGGCAAGGCGGCAGCAGAGGUGGCGCAGGUGGUGCUCGAUGCGGUGGGAGAGAAGAGGAAGGAGGUGGUGGUGGCGGGUUUUCUGCCUUCUUUGGUGGUCUACCUCCGAACGCUGUGCCCCAGGCUCUUCUUCGCCAUCAUGGCCUCCCGGGCCCAGAAGGAGAGAAAAGCCAAGGCUUCCUAGCCCCAGACCACGGACCGUGAGCAGAAGAGGCCAGACCGAAGGCGUGCAGGGCUGCGUGUGCAGGAAGCAUGGACACUCGCAUUUAUCUCUUCCCUGAAGAGCUGUAUCCCGUUGGAUACCAGCAUGAGAUCUGAAGAUUAGCCGUUGUCCUCCUGAAAAGGGGUUCUUCUCAACGUCAAGAAACCCAAAGGGAGCUCUGUGCGCUAAACUAAAACAUCAGCUGCACUUCCAACACGUUUCCACUCAUUCAUGCUGGGCUUUCUUUGGAAGAGUGUGUAAAUAACAGCUCGAUAUUUUUACAUGUCUCUUAAUGUCAUUGCAUUUAAGGGUUGGGUGGGAGUAAAGUGCAGGCUCUCUGUUGCCUUUCCUACCAGCAUCUCUACCUGGAAAUGUCUCCCGUCAUGCAUGUGUGCCCACCGCACUUCUACAUGUUAUGCAGCGAUCAUGAACAGGAGAGCUAUCAGCAUCCCAAGCCUUUGUGAACAGUAUGUUCAACCGCGUCAGAAUAUGACUGGCUUACUGCUCGGUAGAUUUUCUACUAGAGGUCAGAGAAAGGAGCAGCCAUACAUUGUAAUUGCAAGACUAGUUGUGAAAUGGAAGGCAGCUUUACAGCCAAUCCUGACUUGCUAAUUAAAAUGGGCAACAUUAACAAGAA